CGGCGGGUUUGGCUUACGUGGAGGUCCGGUCUGGGCCGGUAGGCGAGUGGGCGGGUGAGCCGAAGGUGGCACUCAGCGGCGGCGUCUGUCGGAGCAGCGCGUCGCCGGGACUGUGCGGCCACACCUGCCUCACUCCGCGUUCUCCUCAGGCCCGGCCAUGGAGCAUCAGGUCCAGCGGCUUCGACAGGCGUUCCGGUCCGGCCGAUCGCGGCCGCUCCGCUUCCGACUCCAGCAGCUCGAGGCCCUGCGGAGGAUGGUGCAGGAGCGCGAGAAGGACAUCUUGGCGGCCAUCGCGGCGGACCUGAGCAAGAGUGAACUCAACGCAUACAGUCAUGAAGUCAUUACCAUCCUUGGGGAGAUUGAUUUUAUGCUGGCAAAUCUUUCUGAAUUGGCUUCUGCUAAGCCAGCUAAGAAGAACCUGCUUACCAUGCUGGAUGAGGCCUAUGUUCAGCCAGAGCCUCUGGGGGUCGUACUGAUUAUCGGAGCAUGGAACUACCCUUUCGUCCUUAUCAUGCAGCCCCUGGUGGGGGCCAUCGCUGCAGGAAAUGCUGUGAUUGUGAAGCCUUCGGAACUAAGUGAAAACACAGCCAAGAUCUUGGCUACACUCCUCCCUCAAUAUUUAGACCAGGACCUGUAUGCGGUAGUUAAUGGCGGCGUUGCUGAGACCACAGAGCUCCUGAAGCAGCGCUUUGAUCACAUUCUCUACACAGGAAACACUGCGGUUGGAAAAAUUGUCAUGGAAGCUGCUGCUAAACACCUGACCCCUGUGACCCUGGAACUCGGGGGGAAGAGCCCGUGUUACAUUGACCGAGACUGUGACCUGGACAUCGCUUGCCGACGCAUAACCUGGGGAAAGUACAUGAAUUGUGGUCAGACCUGUAUUGCUCCAGACUACAUCCUCUGCGAAGCCUCCCUCCAGGAUCGGAUAGUGCAGAAGGUUAAGGAAACGGUGAAGGACUUUUAUGGGGAAAAUAUAAAAGAGUCUCCUGAUUAUGAAAGGAUCAUCAAUCUUCGUCACUUUAAGAGGUUACAAAGUUUGCUUGAAGGACAGAAAAUAGCUUUUGGCGGGGAGACUGAUGAGGCCACACGCUACAUAGCCCCAACCAUACUUACUGAUGUUGACCCUAAUUCCAAGGUGAUGCAAGAAGAAAUUUUUGGACCAAUUCUUCCAAUAGUGUCUGUGAAAAAUGUAGAUGAAGCCAUUAAUUUCAUUAAUGAUCGUGAAAAGCCUCUGGCACUCUACGUAUUUUCUCAUAACAAUAAGCUCAUCAAACGGGUGAUUGAUGAGACGUCCAGUGGCGGAGUCACAGGCAAUGAUGUCAUCAUGCACUUCACUGUCAAUUCUCUGCCCUUUGGAGGUGUGGGUGCCAGUGGAAUGGGGGCUUAUCAUGGAAAAUACAGUUUUGAUACCUUUUCUCAUCAGCGCCCCUGUUUAUUAAAAGGGCUAAAGGGAGAAAGUGUUAACAAGCUCAGAUACCCUCCCAACAGCCAGUCCAAGCUCGGUUGGGCAAAGUUCUUCCUGCUGAAACAGCUCGGCAGAAGAGAGCUGGUGAUGAUAGUCUCAGUCUUGGCUGUGGCUGCAGCUAUAUUUGUCAAGAAAUACCAAGGUCUGCCGAGGGGGAAUGCCCUGUUGGCUUCUCUGAUAGUUGACAGACUGCGCUGGUCCAGUAAACACUGAUAAUCAGAUCUCAGCUGUCUGUUGAGAGUGAGGAGUAUCUGUAAUGACUUCUUCAUAGCCUCUACUCAAUUGUUCAUCUACUCAAUGGUUAACAAACCAAUACCUUUAAAAUCGUACCCAAACCAGGAAAUUACAAGCAUACUGCAAUCAAACCUAAGCUGUUGCCACUUACCACUAACGAAACUCACUGUUUGAGCCUGACCCAGCGUUUGUCAGCAGUGAAGGGACUGAAGGACGGAGUGAGAACAUGCCCCACUGAGUCCCAGCUCCAUGGGGAUGCCUCAGGGAGACUCGGGAGCUGUUCCGUCCCUUCUCUGCUCCAACUCACAUCACUUCCCACUCGUGCAUCUGCUGCUGCCCGGUGUCAGUAAAGCUGUCAAAGGUCAGCGCGGCCCAGGCUCACCAGCUGGUGACAGGUGAGGUCAGGUCUUCCCAGCUCCCGUUAGGGGUUUAGGUACUAAAACUGGGGAAGUGGAUAUGUCCACCUCAUCCAUUGUGACGAGACUCUGACCUUCAGGAAUUGGCUGUCCAUUUAAACAUCCAUUCUUGUUUGUUGCACAUUACCUGGAGUGUGUGUGUUUGUGACAGUCUGUUGUGACUUUGUUGCACAUCACCUGAAGUGUGUGUGUGUGUGACAGUCUAUUGUGACUGCUGUCCACAGUGCCUUUUUGACGACUUAGACGACACUGAGCCUCUUGCCAAGAAGCAAUGCUUUCUUUGUGAAUACCACUGAGAGCAUCGUGUAGUCACAUCUGUUCCAGAGGCUGAGGCUAGAAGAUCCCCGAGUCCAGGAGUUUGAGGCCAGCCUAGGCUACAUAGUGAGGACCCCCCAUUCUCCAUAAAGACCCCUUGAGAUCCUAGAGUUGAAUGUCACAUAGAUCUUUGAGGAUAAAUCUUUUCUUGUUUUCAUAGCACAAUGCAGGGAAAUUUCACUUUUUAAAUUUUAGAGAGAUCCCUUUCUGAAUAAAUUUAGCCUACAGAUCUUAAAUCGUGGACCAGCUCCUGUCAUGAAAAGGGAAAUGUUAGGAUCUGAGGCUUCAGAACUCAUGGGACAGAGACUGUUGGAGAAUGCUGUGAGCUGGUGGGACAUGCUGAAAGGGGUGGGAUGGUAAGAAGAUCUCCUGAGCACGUGGGGCAUUAUUCUCAUUCAGAUCCUAGUGUCACCGAGCAGGGACGUGGCAGAGGAGAUCUGUGUGGAACUCAGCUCCCUGCUGCAGGGCCUGGCUGUGCCCGGAGCUGCACACAGCUGAGCCCCCACUGCCUUCCUGGGAUUCAGAUUAAACUUGACCUACUCGAUGAGAAUGUAACUUGCCUUAUUGAAUGUAUAGCCAUCUUUGCUGAUAACCUGUUCCAUUGUUGAGGCUGUCUGAAGGGUAUUGUCUCUACUAAAGUAUGAGGUGUCAAGAACAAGUCAUUGGCCUAUUUAGUAAAUAGUUGCUUAAGUAGCAAUUGUCAUAGACUAAUCAUCAAAUGUUUUGCACAAAAUUGCAGUGUAGAACUUGCACUUAUUCUAUUAAAUUAUAAAUCAUAACUUCUAGUUAGGCUACAAUACUUAUGCACUAUACUGAUCUUCAAAAUAAAAUCUUCAAAAUUUCACAAA